CUCUGAACUGACUCGUAUGCGCAAAAGAACCAUAACAAAAAAGCAUGAAGCGCGCACGGAGGCCACUGAAUUGAGCGAGUGUUUACGCGUUCAUUUAGUCUAUAAACUGAUGCGCCGCGAAAGCCAGCGAAUUCAUGACCAGGCGAUAAGGAGGACGAAGAUGAGGAGAAAAAUGUCUACGGUACAACCCACCUCACGACCCCAGUUUACAAACUGUCCCACAAUGAUUGUGAUGGUUGGUCUGCCAGCCAGGGGAAAGACCUACAUCUCCAAAAAGUUAACCCGAUACCUAAAUUGGAUUGGAGUCCCAACUCAAGUCUUUAAUUUGGGUCAGUAUCGAAGGGAAGUUGUGCAGACAUACAAGAACUAUGAAUUCUUUCGUCCAGACAAUGAAGAGGCCAUGAAAAUCCGCAGAGCCUGUGCCUCAAAUGCCCUUAAGGACAUCGCCAAUUACUUCACUAAGGAGCAGGGACAAGUUGCAGUGUUUGAUGCCACCAAUACUACAAGAGAGAGAAGAGGAGUCAUCAUCAGUUUUGCCAAGGAGAAGGGCUAUAAGGUGUUUUUCAUUGAGUCUGUUUGUGACGAUCCAGAAAUUAUUGAGGAAAAUAUAAUGCAAGUAAAACUGAGCAGCCCAGAUUAUGAAAACUACGACAAAGAGGAAGCGCUGGUGGACUUUCUGAAGCGUAUUGAUUGUUAUAAAAUGUCCUAUGUCCCCCUGGACGAGGAAAAGGACAGACACCUCUCCUUCAUUAAGAUCUUUAACGUGGGAUCCAGGUACCUCGUCAACCGCGUCCAGGAUCACAUUCAGAGUCGUAUAGUGUAUUACCUCAUGAACAUCCACGUCACACCACGAUCCAUCUAUCUGAGCCGCCAUGGAGAAAGUGAGCUCAACCUGCUUGGAAGAAUCGGUGGAGACACAGGCCUCUCUUCACAGGGCCAAAAGUAUGCUAAGGCCCUUGCAGAGUUCAUCAGGGGUCAGUCCAUCAAGGACCUGAAGGUGUGGACCAGCCACAUGAAGAGGACCAUACAGACCGCAGAGGCACUGGGCGUCCCAUAUGAACAGUGGAAGGCGUUGAAUGAAAUCGAUGCAGGUGUAUGUGAGGAGUUGACAUACGAGGAGAUUCAGGCAACCCAUCCAGAAGAGUUUGCUUUAAGAGACCAGGACAAGUACCGCUACCGAUAUCCAAAGGGUGAAUCGUAUGAAGACCUGGUGCACCGUCUAGAGCCAGUCAUAAUGGAGCUUGAGAGACAAGAGAAUGUGCUGGUCAUUUGCCACCAGGCAGUCAUGCGUUGUCUACUGGCCUACUUUCUGGACAAAACUGCAGAUGAUCUACCAUAUCUAAAGUGUCCUUUGCAUACUGUUCUCAAACUAACUCCGUUAGCUUACGGAUGCAAAGUGGAGUCCUUCUAUUUAAACAUCCAAGCAGUGAACACACACAGGGACAGACCCACAAAUGUGAAUGUCGCAAGAAAGCCAGAAGAAGCACUACAGACUGUACCUGAACAUCUAUAAUCAUAAAAAAAAUAUAAAAAUUAGCCAUUUUUGCACAAUUAAUCUACACAUAGAUUGUGUAAAUGGAUAACAAGGUGGGAGGAAGGAAUUUAAAAGGACAUAAGCGUUUGUUUCCAUUUAAGAUUAUCAAGGCCUGCAAACACAAAAGUGGGAUCCAAAAGUCUGAGACCACAUGUUUUUUUUUUUUUUUCCUUCUCAAAAAAUGUAAAACAAACAAAUAAGACAUUCUGAAGUGACUUUUAAUUUUUAUUUCAAAUUCAACUCUUCAUUCAAAAUUUGUGGUUAAUAUGAAUUUUCCCUACAAAUUAUAUUCAUUUUGUAUUAAAUUGGAAAACUCAGAACAGAUUUAUUUUUUUUGGUUUGCAUUUUCAAUAGGGCUCUCAGGCUUCUGAAUUGUACUUUAGUUUUUCAAACUAAACUGUGAAAAUCAAAUAUGUUUGUACUUUGUUGAUGAGAUGGUUGCAUUGGCCUAAUGUUUUUAGUUGAAAUGGAUAUUGCAAUUUUUACCUUUUACUAGUUUAAAAUGUUUAGUUAGAACAGGUAAAAUCCCCAUUGUGUUCAAGUGAAUAGUCUUUAUUUUAUUAAUUUUAAUAUUGUGUUCAAAGAUAAUACCCUUUUAUGUGUUCAUAAAGUACAGUAAUCAGAAGACAAUUCAGUUAGUUAACAGCACCAUGGACAGCAACCAAACAAAUAAAUUUAUAUUAGUCGUCACAGUAUCACACAAGAGCAUUCUCAAGCCACUUUACUCCUCACAAUUCAUUAUUAGUAUGUUCACGAGCGCCUGUCCAAAAACCUAACUGAGAUUUCCAGAGUAAACAUUCAGUAUCCAAGUACUUCAAAUAUGGUGACAGUAAUGCGGUUUUAGAACAAUUUUGUAGCGACUGAAAGGCUUCUGGCAACAAUCUUCGGAAUUGUAGGCAUUCACGGGUUAAUGUUUUUUUUUCGUGCCCCCCAAAACCGUGGCGAGGCUCUGCGAAAUUACCAGUAUGCACACGUGAAAAGAGCUCCCCUUGAAACCCACAAAUACCUGCGCAUGAUUGAAACUCAUUUGUCAUAACCAAGUUAUUUUUCCAGUCUAAAUGAGCAUCCAUCUCUCUUAUGGCAUUAUCGUGGCUUCAGUAUCAUUUUUAGGAUCAGUUUGGAAGGGAGGGGGAAAUACUGCCCCUUUUAUAAACAACUUUGUGCCGUAAAAUGUGAAGUUAGAGGAAGACCUUACGCACUCGCCUUACGGGCAUAACAGUGGUUUUGGCUUUCCCACACAAUCUGAAAGCAUGGAUGUUAAACUGGAUUUGACUAUCCACGCUGUCGUUUUCAUCCUACUUACUGUUGUUCCUUUUGGAUGUGCGCAUUUCGACGCGCAGUCGGUCCCUCUGCAGGUAUGUGUAAUUGGUAAUAGCAUUAUUACUCAUAAUUUUACACUUAAACAUUAUUUGCCCGAUUGUUCUGUGAUUUAUUUUCCUUUGAUAAGUCAAAUGUGAAGUUUGUCUUGAGUGAAAGAUGCUAUUUUGCGCGACACAAACACUAAAUCGCCUCAACACAUUACGCGCGAAAACGCACAGUCUGAAGAAUCGCACAACAUUUAAGAAUUUCUGUACCAGUGGAAUGUUAUUUCAUUCUUAGAAUUUUGUAUGGUUUAUCUAUGGAACCUUUUUGUAUUGUAUUUGGAUGCCUUAGGAAACGGAAGGGAGGUAAAUAACAAUCUGUUUACAAUCCUUUUGGUAAUCGUAAUAGUUAGCAACAUUGUGUGUUCUUAAAGAUGUAGUUUUUAUUGUGCUUUACACUGGAAUCUUAAAAAGUUGUAAUAAAGAUUCCAACUAGGUUCCAAAUUAUGUGUGAAAUUCAAAUUGUUAUUCUGUACUAAUUUCUUAUUGCAUUCCUUCUGGGCUUUUGAGUCAAAUAAGGAAAACAUUCAAGUGAUGUCAUUUUUAGAUUACUGUAUUCACAUAUUAUGCCCAUUAACAGACUUGCAUGUCAUAAUUAUUUAGCAGCUGUUUUAUUAUCUCACAAAAUUAGUUUUAAUAAACCUGUCACAGCAGGUUCGUUUCAACAGUGUACUGGAAAGUUAUAGUAGCAAAGACACAUUUUUCCAUAUUUAGCUUUUCGUUUGUGUUUACAGCAAUCUCCUGGAGAUGUGGUAAUAUAUUGGCACAGCAGUGAAUUAUGUGUAAAUCCUCCAGUGGCCUUGUGUACAGUACUGACAUUUAGUUCCAUUUCCACCCCUUUCAUGAAUAACUUUGUUUCAGUCUAUUUCAAAGUAAGAUCAAGACCAAACCACUGGCAUUUGAGAAUACUGGGAGUAUUUCAAACUAUUUUUACUUCAAAUGUAAUUUGUGGUUGGUAAAAUAUUAGUUAAUUAACUUUAUAUGAACAACACAAAGUUUGUAUGCAUAUUUAAAGGUGAAUGGCACUAAGGAAUGAGGUUUGUUUUGUGAUGCAUAUAUUUAUAACACCACCUUUUGUAGAUAAUUUUGUGACAUACUUUUACUGAAUGUAAUGUAAAAGUUCCUUACACACUCUGGAUGGGAGAUAUCAAGAAAAUAACUGUAGGCCUCACAUAUUUUAUACUUUUUAGAGACUGAGACGUCAGACCUCAACAGCAAAACCAGCAGUAAGUAU